AUGAAGAAAAUUCUACAGAAGUUAUGUCAGAAAGAUUUGGGGUGGGACGAUGAAAUUCCUGAUGCUGAAAAGGCUUGCUGGGUAAACUGGUUCCAAGACUUACCUCGUCUGGAAAUUGUUUCUAUUCCUCGUUGUUUGAAAUCUUCGGAUACGAAUGACCCUGGUGAGAUUCAAAUGCAUAUUUUUUGUGAUGCAAGUGAAAUCGGAUAUGGAUGUGCAUGCUAUUUGCGAAUGUUGAAUAAGUCUGAUGGAUCGGUGCAUUGUAGUUUUGUUAUGGGAAAGUCAAGAGUGACACCUUCAAAACCAGUGACUAUACCAAGGCUAGAGUUGACUGCGGCAGUGGUUGCAGUGAAGUUGGGUCAGUUUGUGAAGACUCAGCUGGAGUAUAAAAUAGAUAAAAUCAUUUAUUGGACCGAUUCAAUGUCAGUGUUGCAGUAUAUCACUAAUAACACAAGACGCUUUCAUACCUUUGUGGCGAAUCGUCUUGCUGUUAUUCAUGAGGGAUCAGAGCCUUCGCAGUGGAGACAUAUUGACACGAAAUGUAAUCCGGCUGAUAUUGCAUCUCGUGGUUUGAAACCGUAUCAGCUGGACAAGGCAAAGAUUUGGUUUGAUGGUCCUGCUUUUUUGAUGAAGGAAGAGUGCAUGUGGCCAAAAUCAAAACCUAUUCGUGGCAUAUCAAAUAGUGACCCUGAAUUGAAACAAGAUUUGACUGUAUAUUGUGUUAAAGAUAACUUGAAGGAAAAUCCAAUCAAGCGUUUGCUUUCGAGAUAUUCUAAAUUGGAGAAACUUCAGAGAUCGACAGCUUGGCUGUUAGGAUAUCGAUCUUAUCUUAGAUGGAAGGUGGCUAAAUCUCAAGUACGAUUUGUGCAAAGAGAGCAGUUUGGAAAACAAAUUGGUGCAUUGCAUAAUCAUUCGUCUUUGGAAGAAAAGAUCAUCAGAACGCCGAAGAAGUCAUUAUCGAGAAAUGAGCAGAUGAGAUCAAUACAGAAACUGAAUCCUAUUAUUGUGGAUGGGAUCUUGAGAGUUGGUGGUCGUCUUGAUCGUUCACAUCUGCCAUUGGAAUGUAGAUAUCCAGUAAUUUUGCCGAGUGAUAGUCAUGUUACAAAUUUAGUGAUUGAUUUGUAUCAUGAAAGAGAAGGUCACAGUGGUACUUUGCAUGUUUUAUCUGCAAUUCGUGAGAAAUUUUGGAUCAUCAAGGGACAUGCAACUGUGCGUCGAAGAUUGAACAAAUGUUUUACUUGUCGCAGAUGGAACUCUAAGGUGGGGGAGCAAGUGAUGGCACCGUUACCAAAAGUUCGAGUGACACCUAGUGAACAUGCUUUUAUGGAAACUGCCUGUGAUUAUUUCGGACCAACACUGGUGAAGAGAGGCAGGAGUGAGGAGAAAAGAUAUGGGUGUAUGUUCAGUUGUAUGGCUACUCGAGCAGUUCAUAUCGAGAUUGCUUAUUCACUGGAUACUUCAUCGUUCAUUAAUGUGUUUCAGAGAUUUAUAAACAGGCGUGGACGACCAAGAAAGAUGUACAGUGACAAUGGAACAAACUUCAUCGGUGCUGAGAGAGAACUUCGUGAAGGCAUUCAAAAUUGGAAUCAGAAUCAAAUUUGUAAAGUUAUGCAGCAGCAAAACAUUGAAUGGUGGUUUUCUGUGCCUUUAGCUUCUCAUACAAAUGGAGCUUGGGAGAGAAUGAUGAGAUCUUUCCGGAAAUUGAUGAGAGCAAUUGCGGGGGAGAGGUUGUUGGAUGAUGAUGCUCUACAUACAUUCACAACCCAGUGUGAAAGCAUUUUAAAUGGGAGACCAAUUUGUCCGGUUGGAGAUAGCCUGGAUGAUCUCGCAACUUUGAGUCCUAAUAUGUUGUUACUUGGUCGGCCUAAUCCGAAUCUUCCUCCUGAUCAAUUCAUGAAAGCGGAUGGAUAUAAGAAGUCAUGGCGACAGGUACAAUUAAUGACAGAUUGUUUCUGGAAGAGGUGGUUGAAAGAAUAUCUGCCAACAUUGCAGUUGAGACAGAAGUGGCACCAACCUGUGAGAAACUUCGCAGUUGGAGAUAUUGUUCUUAUUGUGGAUGAGAAAACGAAGAGGGGAUUCUGGCCAAAGGGGUUAAUCCAGGAAGUGUUUCCUGAUUCAGAUGGUCAUGUCCGCAGUGUACGUGUGAGGACUGCGGAUUCUAGUUACAUGCGAGGCAUUCGUAAAUUGUGUCUUUUGGAGGGAGUAUUGUAA